AUGGGCGGGCAUCAUAUCGAUAGGCGGAAACACUGGAAAGCGCCUGAAUAUCGGAUGAAGGACAUAAUACGAAGAGAGGAAGUCGAACAAUUGCCGAGUGACAACCAGAACAAUGACACGGGCCCUAAGCGCGCGGCACCACCAACCACCACCGUUGUUUUGACAGUCAUUGAGGCUGUCCUACAAGAUGGUUCGACAGCAGCCGAGUUUACGGUGGCUUCUCUCCCGGCAACCGUUUCACACUCACGUUUCGGCGUAGUUACGAUUCCCUCCGGAUCCAUGUCUCCGAUAAUCGUGUCUUCCUUUCCUAAUCCACAGACAAAGGCGCCAGCACACCUCAGUGCUUCACAGCCACCGCCUAGUCAGCCAUCAAAACCAUCAACAGAUGUCUCGCUUCCCUCUACUAACAAUUCUCUACCAUCGACAAACGUUUCACUUCCCUCCAGCCAACAUUCAUCACCCUCUACUUAUGUUCCCCAACCCUCCAAACCAUCUACAAACAUCUCUACCCCUUCAAGUAUACCUGCUACAUCUCAAAUUUCCACAUCCGUCCUUCCAACACCAUCCUCGAAAGGUUCUUCGGUACCCUCCAAUACCCAGUCCAGCCCGCCCACGGAGUCCUCAAAACCAUCAACGGUUGAUUCUUCAAUAUCAACUAGCAAAUCGGGUUCCGUAACCUCUACCCACCCUAUACCCUCAUCAACGACUACCAUUUCCAAAACUCUUUCAAGUAGCCACACGCUUUCGUUAUCCUCCACCUCAUCCGCUCCAUCAAUAUCGUCAACGAGUUCCACUUCAGGAUAUCCUCCUGGAGGAGGGGUAACUAGCGGACAACCGCAACCACCUGCAUCAUCUCAACCCAAUGGCGGUUCUUCGAACGCUGCGUCCGGCUCUGAUGUCCCCAAGAUCAUUGGUGGUGUUGUGGGGGGUGUAGCUGGAAUUGCCCUGAUUAUAAUACUGUUACUUCUGCUGCGCCGUGUACGGAAACGAAAAGCUGUCCGGGAAAGCACUCUCACUGGCGGGCUAAGGAGCUCCGGUGCUUCAGCGGACCGAAACACAUUCUCCACAAGCGGCACCAGCCAGCUUUCCGGGGCUGUUCUUGGUGGAGCGACACGUGUUUUUGAUAGAUUUAGAACAUCAACUGCUUCAAUGGCAGUAGAGCCCGGUGAGCGGGGAUUUCAAAAGAUAGGGGGAAGGAAACUUGCCUCCGUCCUUGAAACUGGCGGUGACGGCUACGACGACAAAUUCGGAACCGACGAAAAGAGCCUUAUAGUUCCACCUCCACCGGCUGGCCCAACCGCCACCACACGCGGAGAAGCCUCUAGGGGAGGCGGUUUGCAUAAAGAGCUGGGGUUGGGACCAUCAAUAUCUCGAUCUGCUGACCGACCUAUUUCUGAUGAGAGCACAUACUCCGAGCGAGUUGCAUACCGCCCUUCACCCAUAGCUACGCCUGUGGAGUCUGCUAUAUGUGAGGGAAUAUCUCCUACUCCCCAGAGUGGCAUAGUUGCGCCAUCAGAACCCUUACCAGCCGUCUUGACACUAGCCAGAGACGAAAUCGGACGAAGCUUGGCCACAGCAGAUGGCAGCCGCGCCAGUAAGUUCACAGAAGGCAUCUAA